AGGCAGAGAUGACACGAGGCAGAAAAAGUUUUGUUGGCAUCACCCCGACCAACUAUUGUAACUUGUCCAACAAAUUUGCAUGAAAAGCUUCAGGGGCGAUGAAAUAUUGUGUUGAAUUUGCCUUCCCCCAAUAAAAGCGAAUCGGGAAGGAGGGACGACAUGAGGAAAUGGUUCCAUUGGUGCUGCCAUGAGUCAAAGCUCGACCGGCUGUUGGAACUUCAAUAGCCAAAGGAUCAUAGAUAUGUCAGACGCAUUAAUAAAUGGAUUGGCAGGAGCCGGUGGAGGAAUUAUAGCUCAACUCAUUACGUAUCCUCUUCAAACUGUAAAUACUCGUCAACAAACAGAACGUGAUCUCAAGAAAGAGAAACGAAAACUUGGAACCAUUGAACAAAUGUGCCAGGUUGUAAAGCAAGAAGGAUGGGAAAGGUUGUAUGGAGGAUUAACGCCUUCAUUAGUAGGUACAACUGCAUCUCAGGGUGUUUACUAUUAUUUCUAUCAAAUAUUCAGGAAUAAAGCUGAAAUUAAAGCACUUGAACGCCAGAAAAAAGGGAUUGGCGAUGGAUCAGUCGGGAUGCUUUCAUCACUUAUUGUAGCUGCUUUAUCGGGGUGUGUAAAUGUGCUGUUGACGAACCCUAUUUGGGUUGUUGUGACACGCAUGCAGACUCACACAAAUAUUUUGAAGAAAGAUCACUCUAAUAGAUUGGCAACUCCUGCUCUGGAGGAAACAGUUCUUUCUGCCAUUGAGCCUGUUUCUUUUAGCACUGGUCAUGCGAUUCAAGAAGUCUAUGAUGAAGCUGGAUUUUGGGGAUUCUGGAAAGGUGUAUUCCCAACAUUGAUCAUGGUGAGCAAUCCGGCUAUGCAAUUUAUGUUGUAUGAAACGAUGCUGAAGAAGCUGAAGAAACAACGAUCUCUUAGUAACCCAGGCAACAAUGGAGUAACUGCUUUAGAGAUAUUUCUUCUUGGAGCUUUGGCCAAACUAGGAGCUACUGUUGUGACCUACCCUCUUAACGUAGUAAAGGCAAGACUUCAAGCAAAACAAGUUGCAACCGGGGAUAGAAGGCAUCAAUACAAAGGGACUAUAGAUGCUAUUCUAAAGAUGAUCCGCUACGAAGGCUUCUAUGGAUUUUACAAAGGUAUGAGCACAAAAAUCGUACAAAGUGUUCUUGCAGCUGCCGUAUUGUUCAUGAUCAAAGAAGAACUUGUCAAAGGUGCUCGGUUGUUGCUUGUUAAGGACGGCAUACACACCGUGAAAUCAAAGCUUCCUUGACUCGAAAACUCCCGUGCCCUUCGCUCUGCUCCACUCCACUCCGCCUCUGAUCUCUUUCCAUUACGACACUAGUAAGUUGUUGCUCAAAACAUUCAAACUUGGAUUGUACCAUAGAUUAUACCUUUCAAUAAAAGAAAGAUUACUUGUUGAAAUAAAA